CCAUUAAUGGCAGCUCGGUUAGCGAUGAGAAGCACGGCAGGGAAACAGACAUGCAUUGGUGCCGUACAAGUAGGAUCAAGCAGUAUCGUUCAGAAAAGUGCUCAGACACAAACCAGACCUGUGCAAACAAAUGAUAGAGUGACCAAAGUUAAUCCCCCUAUCAUGGCUUCUCUCGGCAACAAACAUCAGAAAGACUAUUUCACCGGAGAGUACGCGAGAAACAUCUAUCGCGUAUGUCAUCAAGCAUUACGAGGGCAUGAAAAUCAAAGUGAAGAAAAUGUGUUAAGAACAUACUGUACUAGCGUAUUGGCUUCACCGGAUUCUUGCCAGGAGAAUCUUAUUUCAUCAACCCUGUCCGGUCCAACAAGUGAUAGAGAAGACACAAUGCUACCAAGCGGUGAAUCUAGUGAAUGGCCAGAACAGCUUCUUUUAGGUCUGAGUACAGAUGAAUUGGAAGAUAUUUUGCAAUCCUCGUCAGAAGCAUCUGAAUACGAUGUCUUAAUAUCGACACGUAACCAAAGUUCCGGAAGGAUACCGCCAGCUUGUGAGGAACGAAGCUGCAAUCAUGUAAUUGACCAUCGCGAAGGCUUUCGCCCGUUUCGAUUGCCCGGGAUGGUGCCAUUUGGCAGGCUUGUUUAGGAAGCUGUUCAAGAAACGUUAUUAUACUCCCCAUAACAAAACUGUGUGCAACAUUACACACCUUUGUCAGCAAAAAGAAAGUGACAGGAGAACACAAACAACAAGCAAAAGGGAAGAAAAGGAUCUAAAAAGGAUGACAAACAGGGCUUCUUAGAUUCGUAUAAAUGUUACAAAUUGUGAACAACAUGGUUGUAAAGGAAGAUUGUGAAGAAGUGCACUUAGGAAAAUGAUUAUGGAGAAACUUACUUCAACGGUACAGACAAUGUACAUUAUCUUUCGGG